AACCUGUGCACAGUAUUGAACACUUCCUAUAAAGACACCGUCAUGAUAGGAGUGAUAAAUAUCUAAUGUACAAAUUAACUUUGAUUGAAUUCCGGCACUCUCCUUCUGAAUAUAUAAACUGAAUAUCGGUUCAUUGCGGGACACGGCGCUGUGGAAGUUAAAAUGAGUACUGAAAUGCUAACUGCAAUAAUCAUGAUAGUAUUGGCAUCCUCCAUCAAAUCAUCUCAUCAAAAUGUUGCUGAUUUACAACGACCGACUGAAGCAGGACUUGGCUGCAAUAUGCGUCUUUACACUUACCGCAUCACUCAAAGUGACUCAAAUGGCCGAGAAUGUUGGGAUCACGUGAGCGUAUGGUCGUGCUUCGGACGGUGCGAUUCAAAUGAGAUUUCUGAUUGGAAAUUUCCGUACAAACGAUCAUAUCAUCCAGUUUGCAUGCACGCCGGACGUUCGAAGGCUGUGGCAAUGUUGAGAAAUUGUCAUCCACAAGCCAGUGCGGAGACCAGACGCUAUGAAUAUAUGGAAGCUAUUGGAUGUCAUUGUCAGACCUGCUCAACAACGGACACUAGCUGCGAGGCUCCAAAUAACUUUCGUGACGAAACGUCGGUUAAGGUUUUGGCACUGGCUGGUCCGAGUCCUGAAGAUCUGGAUUAUUAAAGGUUCUGUUUCUUGUAGAUGAAAAAAAAUGAAAUGAAAUUAUGAAAAUCUUAAUUGUUGUAACGGUCAUUAAAAUUCAAAAUAAAAUUAAAAUCAAUUUUGAUGA